AUAAAAAAAAAACGCUUUUAUAUUUAACAAACACCCAUUCACAAGUCGCCACGUAGCGUUCUUCAAGUGUUGCUCAAACUCCUUCCCAGGGUAUCGAUUCUUCGAUAAUGGACCCAUUUUUGGGUUGUUUAAUAUUAUUUUGGGGCCCAAAUAGUGGAGUAACUUUGUGAGUACUCCCCACUAAUCAUGCUCUAAGGGUUUAUUAGUAUAAUCUUAAAACUAAACACAAUUUUCCUAACCAAAAGCUUAAUCUCAUCACUCUCUCUCCCUCACUCACAAACAGUAAAAGUUCUUACAAUCCCCUAAAGUUUUGUGUCUUUUUUUUUCUUAAAACUCAUAAACUCCGACAAUUUCGUGAUUUGUUUUCUGUUUUUCGCCGGGAAAAAGAAAAAAAAAAUGACGGCUUGUAUAAGCAGUGGCGGAGGAGGAGCAGCAGCAUACAGUUUCGAGUUAGAAAAAGUGAAGUCACCACCAUCAAGCUCAACAACAACAACAACGAGAGCUACUUCACCAUCAUCAACAAUCUCGGAAUCAUCAAACUCACCACUCGCAAUCUCAACUAGGAAGCCAAGAACACAGAGGAAAAGACCAAACCAGACAUACAACGAAGCAGCUGCUCUUCUCUCCUCUGCUUACCCAAACAUCUUCUCCUCAAACUUGUCGACUUCUAAGCAAAAGACUUCCUCAAACUCUCAUCACUUCUACGGGACAAAUGUCAAAUCACCACUCCUCAGUGACACCGACGACUCCUCUGAUUUGCUUCUCCCUUACGAAUCAAUCGAAGAACCUGAUUUCCUGUUCCAUCACCACCCGACGAUUCAAUCCAAGUCGGAGUUUUUCUCCUCCGAGCUCAAAGAAGUCAACUCCGGCGGUGGGAGUUACGUUAAUCAGAUCGAAAAGCUCGAUUUUUCCGACGAGUUCGAUGCUGAAUCGAUCCUCGACGAAGAAGUCGAGGAAGGGAUCGAUAGUAUAAUGGGGACUGUGGUGGAAUCGAAUUCUAAUUUGGGGAUUUACGAAUCUACGGUCCCGGCGAUCAACCGUGGUGGAAGAAGCUCUAAUCGAAUCGGCAAAUUAGAACAACAGCUGAUGAUAAUCAAUUCAUGGAACCGAAGCUCAUCUAACAACGGAUUCAAACUACCAUUAGGUCUUGGCUUAAAAGGAGCUCUCAGAGAGAACAAUGACCCAAACUUGUAUAAAUUUCACACCGUCGAUUUCGAACAGAUCUCGCCGCGGAUUCAAACUGAAACCGCGAUCGCAGUCGCAACCGCCGUCGCUGACGAUGAGAAAAAGCCGAUGGGAGGAGGAGGAGAGAAGAGCAAGAAGACGACGACGAAGAAGAAGAAGAAGAUGACGGCGUUGGUAACGGAGUCGAAGAGCUCGUCGGCGGAGGAGACUAUUACUAGUACUGCGGAGGAGACGACGAGGAGUUGUGAGAAGAGAACAACGACAGGUCCGUUGUUGAAGCUUGAUUACGACGGCGUUUUGGAAGCUUGGUCUGAUAAAACGUCGCCGUUUCCUGAUGACAUCCUUGGAACGGAAGCUGCUACUGGUAUCGACGUCAAUGCUAGAUUAGCUCAAAUUGAUCUGUUCGGAGAUAGUGGGAUGCGAGAAGCAAGUGUUUUGAGGUACAAAGAGAAGCGUCGAACUCGUCUGUUUUCGAAGAAGAUCCGAUACCAAGUUCGCAAACUCAAUGCUGAUCAACGUCCUCGAAUGAAGGGACGAUUUGUGAGAAGGCCCAAUGAGAGCACUCCAAGUGGACAAAGAUAACAAGGAUAAAUGAGCCUAAAGAUUCAGAGUCCUUUUAUCUAUCUUUUCUCUUUUUCCAAUGUUUAUUCCUUUUUAGUUUUUGUAUUAAAAAAUUUUGCACCCUCCUUUUUUUGGUCUUAAUUUUAUGGUCCCUUUGGUUUAUAAUUUAGGUUUUUAGUACUUAAAUAAGGAUGUAUAUGAGGGAAGUUUGCUGUAGAGAGUGGGGGAUCAAAACAAAUAAAAAAGCUUUUUGAUAUUAAUAAAAACAUAAAUAUCAAGGUUUUAA